AUGGGGAACGGCUUGAUGAGCAAGAAGAAGAAGAAGAAGAACAACAAGUACAAGAAGAAGAGACCAAACGUGUCUAGAAAUUGCGAUUGGUCCAAGUUUUGUUCCGAUGUUUUACGCAAGAUUUUCGAAACCUUAAAGAGCCCUAUUGAUUCUCACCGCGCGUUUGCUCGAAUUAGUAUUCAGUUUGGAAAACAUGCGCGAACAAGCCUCCAUGUCCAUGGCGAUUCAUACACCAAGGUGAUUCUCCCACCCUCCGGAAACUGUCUCCUGAUGGUCGAUCGUCGUCUCAAAUUCUAUAUUUUGAACCUUUUGACGCGGACAACGAUCAAUCUUCCAUCAAUGUCACUAAUACGUGGAGGACAAGUAUUCUUUAAACCUCAAAAUGAAUGGUCCAAUGAUUCUGGAUGCUUCUUCGGGCCUUCUCGUAAUGGUAACGUGUCAUAUGACUUUGACUCUGUUGAAUGGAAAAACUCGGUAGCUGUUCUAUGGAUAAACGAGACAACAGGAGAUUAUGUCGUUGCUUGGACAUUCAUACAGCAUUACUUGUUCUUCUACAAGUCAGGAUAUUGGUCUUGGUGUAAUCUGAAUCAUAAUGGGAAAAGUUUGGUUGUGUUUGAUAUGGCAUGUGAGAACAAUAAGCUUUAUCUGUACACAGCUAAUCAUCAUAUCAGGAUUUUUGAUUUCUCUGGAGCUUAUCCUAUGGAAAAGAAAACCGAAAACCCGUAUUGGAAAUAUCUGUUUAACGCGGUUGAGGAACCGUGGGAAUACGUUUGGAAGAGGAAAAUAGCGAUUCAGAAAUCAUCAGGUGAGGUUUUGAUCAUCUUGAGCCUUAAACAAGUGUUUUACGAAGCAGAGAGACUUUUGUUUUACAUCUUUAAGAUGAAUCUUGAGAGUUUCAAGUGGGAAAGAGUUUAUUCUCUUGGAGAUGAGAUGUUGGUUUUUGGUCAAGGUGUUACAAUACCUACUGCUCUUAAAGAUCUUGGUGAUGGAAUCAAGAGUGAUUCAAUCUAUUUCGUCGAUAAAGACGUCUGGCCAGAUCAUCAAGAUCAUGAUCGUCGUGUUUCGAAUUGCGGUGUCUUCAAUAUUGCCACAAGUAAGAUCAAAUGGCCUACGAAAAAAUAUCGUUCCGUAAAUGAAACUCAGUGGUUUGUGCUCGGAGUUGCUUAUUAG